AUGUCCCGACGUAGAUCUCUUUCUCUGUCCAACAGCGCCGACGAUACCCUUCAUCGUAGGGGUGUCCUCGUUCCAUCCAUCCAGCAAGAGGUUUCACUUGACCUUCAAGUCGUCGAUCUCUGUGGGCGAUUCGGAAUCAACCUCGACCGUUCGGGACGUUUGAAAGACGUCGAUUUGGAGGAUGAUCGUCAUCCUCGUUGGGGUAUACACAGAGCUUCAGACGUUACAACUUCAACGUAUACCAAAGAUGAUAUGGAACGAAUAGCUAAUGAAUUGAUAAUGGCCCAAUCAGAACUCUUGUCCAAAUUAUUAUCUCUCAUCGUGUCUUCUCAAUCUCAAUCAAACCGAACCCAUAAAACUCUAGCUUCUGUCAUCAUGGUGAAUGAUCCAUGGACAUGUAAACAACUCUACACGUUGAGCUCGGACGGAAAAGAGAUCAUCAAGCUCGAUACAGUCAAAUCCAUACAAGCUACAAUGGGUAAAGGUAGGAUACCUUUUCAUCCUGCUGACGAAAGGAAAUGGGUAGUACUCGGUCCCGGAGCUGGACAAGGUUUGAUUUGGGUCAAACGAACUUUAAGAGCUUUUGAUACGAGGGUGUAUGGUCGUAAUACUGUUCUUUGGAUCAUGGAGGGGAUAGAUGAUGAUGACGACGAUGAUGGUAAUGGGAUGGAAAGGACGGAUAUCCUGUCUAAACGUAAAGGUUCAAAGUGUCCUCCAUCUCCGAACAAGUUCGCUUGUGUCAUCGAUUAUUGUUCCUCAGAGUUCAUCCCCCCUACCGUUAGACCUGAGCUCUUAGCUGUUAGUGGUCUAACCAGACAACAAAUAAUGGUACGAUGUAAGAGUUGGCUCGUACGUUCACUAUCAGAUCAUCUAUCCGUGAGACCCCGGAUGAUCUACGUCACCUUGCUCGAGGACGAGAGGAAAUCUUCGUCUCGGGACAGAUUGAUUCGGUGGCAACAGCACUAUAUGGAGAUUGGGCAAGAAGCUAGGUCGAGUGGAUCUGAACGUGAACGUUCGGCGGUGAGACCGAGUUUGGGUGAGAAAGAGAACAAGUUGUUGGUAAGAAGGAGAUCGAAUUCUGUAGGCGGCGAGGAUAUGGUGCGUUGUCGCUUACCUACCCUUUCACGUCGAUCGAGUAGUAUGGGUAUACCAACUCGUAGAAUGUCCAUUUCUACUUUUACUCUUCCCAAUCCGAAAGAGAAAGACAAGCAAACGGCCAUCGACUCGGAGACGGUCAAGGAAGAGAAUGUCCGAGUGGUCAAGCGGUCAGAGGGAAACGAGGUUGACGACGGAGGGCAAGACGCCGAGGUGGAUCAGUAUAACAUUCCGGUGGUUGAAGGGCAAGGAGAAAAGACCGAGGUGGAUAGCAUUGAUAACAUUCCGGUCGUUCAACUCUGGCCAAAAGAGAGAGAGAUUGUGACAUUUAGAGGAAGAAAACCACGUGCAAGGGGAGUAGUACCGAGGAGAGUCGCCUAA